ACUCAUUUUCAGUUUUCUGUCCCUCGCAAGUCACCACAGUCAGUUUCAAAAAUAACAAGCGUUCAACAUAAAAAAUCAUAAAUAAAGCAUUUCCAGUGCACCAUUUCAACAACAUCCAAGACCUCCCCUCACCAACUGCAGAACACAUAACAAGCUCUCCUUCUCUGUCUCUCUCUCCAAAAUUAAAACCAAUCUUUGCUUUCUCUCUCCAAUUAAAGCCUCCACGCAAGAGAAAUCAUUCCAAUUAUCCUUGUUUUUCAUGUUUUCUUUGUCACUGCAAGCUCUACUAUUACUUACUAUAUACUUGUUAUUCACUUCUGGGUUUUUGGGUUAUUUGUUCUUGCUGCUGCUCCAUUGAUGGUUGUUCAACUGCUGUCUACAUACGUCCAAUUCUGUCACUAUAAAAGAAGAAAGCUUUAGUCUUAAUAUUACUAUUAUUUUAAUAAAGUUUUUGACUGUCUGUCUGUAUCUUUGUGUGUAUGUACUUGGGGAGGCUCUUCUAGCAAAUGGGCAUUCCUUGAAUCUCUUCAGUCAUGGAUCUGAAGACUGGUGUUUACCAAAACCAUGUUAAGAAGGAAUCAUGGAGAACAGUGUUGACUUUGGCUUACCAAAGCCUUGGAGUUGUUUAUGGGGAUUUAAGCACUUCUCCUUUGUAUGUGUACAAAAGCACAUUUGAAGAUAUUCAACACUCUGAGACAAAUGAAGAAAUCUAUGGCGUUUUGUCAUUUGUUUUCUGGACUCUUACUUUGGUGCCUUUGCUCAAAUAUGUGUUUAUAGUUCUUAGAGCUGAUGAUAACGGUGAAGGAGGGACUUUUGCCUUGUAUUCUUUGCUGUGUCGACACGCCCGGAUCAACUCACUGCCUAAUUGCCAAUUGGCAGAUGAACAGCUGAUUGAGUACAAGAAGGAUAGUAUCGGUUUGGCACCAAAAUCAAGUUUUGGGGCAAGGUUGAAAUCCACUUUAGAGAAGAAUAGGGUGUUGCAAAGGUUAUUGCUCGUUCUUGCUUUGAUUGGGGCCUGUAUGGUGAUUGGUGACGGUAUCCUCACACCAGCUAUUUCAGUUUUCUCUGCAGUGUCAGGGCUUGAGCUUUCAAUGUCAAAAGAGCAUCACAAAUACGUGGAGGUUCCAGUCACAUGCAUCAUACUGAUAGGCUUGUUUGCCCUUCAGCAUUAUGGAACACACAGGGUUGGAUUUUUGUUUGCACCUGUGGUUCUAAUAUGGCUUCUUUGCAUCAGUGCCAUUGGCUUAUAUAAUAUCAUUCACUGGAAUCCUCAUGUGUAUCAAGCACUCUCUCCAUAUUACAUGUACAAAUUUUUGAGGAAAACACAGAGGGGAGGUUGGAUGUCCCUGGGUGGUAUUUUAUUGUGUAUAACAGGCUCAGAAGCUAUGUUUGCUGAUCUUGGACAUUUUUCACAAUUGUCAAUACAGAUUGCUUUCACCUUUUUGGUUUAUCCAUCCUUGAUUCUUGCAUACAUGGGGCAAGCUGCCUAUCUAUCUCAGCAUCAUAUUAUCGAAAGUGAUUACCGAAUUGGAUUUUAUGUAUCUGUACCAGAGAAGUUAAGAUGGCCUGUUCUGGUUAUAGCCAUACUUGCUGCAGUAGUGGGAAGCCAAGCUAUCAUAACUGGAACAUUCUCAAUCAUCAAACAGUGCUCUUCUCUUGGUUGCUUCCCAAGAGUCAAAAUAGUCCACACAUCAUCCAAAAUCCAUGGUCAGAUCUACAUUCCAGAGAUUAACUGGCUCCUGAUGGUAUUAUGCUUGGCGGUUACUGUUGGCUUUAGAGACACAUGGCGAAUGGGUAAUGCAUCAGGUUUGGCUGUUAUAACUGUUAUGCUGGUCACUACUUGCCUAAUGCCUUUGGUCAUUGUCUUGUGCUGGCAUAAGAGUGUGUUAUUCGCAAUAGGCUUUGUUUUCUUUUUCGGCACAAUUGAAUCACUCUACUUCACAGCCUCCCUCAUCAAGUUCCUUGAAGGGGCCUGGGUUCCAAUCGCCCUUGCAUUCAUCUGCCUGAUAAUCAUGUGUGUUUGGCACUACGGCACACUGAAAAAGUACGAGUUUGAUGUUCAAAACAAGGUCUCCAUCAACUGGCUACUUAGCUUGGGUCCCAGUCUAGGCAUAGUACGGGUUCGUGGGAUUGGACUCGUACACACGGAGCUUGUAUCUGGAAUCCCUGCAAUCUUCUCCCACUUUGUCACUAAUCUUCCAGCCUUCCACCAGGUCCUAGUCUUUCUUUGCAUCAAAUCUGUCCCAGUUCCUCAUGUUAGACCUGAGGAGCGAUUUCUGGUGGGUCAUAUUGGCCCUAGGAGCAUAGCAGAGUUUAUACGCUCAGGAAGUGUUAAUGAAGACCCAUUGAAGGAUGACGAUAAAAUGACAGUUGUUGGAACAUGUUCUAGCCAUACAGAACAGAUUCAAAUGAGUGAGGACGAUGCAGACAACACAGAGGCAGCUGAGCCAUCAGAGUUGAAGGAGAUAUGUUCACCACCCAUAAUUAAACCAGGAAAAAGAGUACGGUUUCUUGUACCGCAGAGCCCGCAGAUAGACUCCGGUGCAAGGGAAGAGUUACAGGAACUAAUGGAAGCUAGGGAAGCUGGGAUAGCUUACAUACUAGGGCACUCAUAUGUUAAAGCCAAGAAAGGAUCUAGCCUGAUAGAAAAACUUGUAAUUAACUUGGGGUAUGAAUUCUUGAGAAGAAACAGCCGACAGCCCACCAGUGCGCUAAGCGUUCCCCAUGCAUCUACAUUGGAGGUGGGGAUGAUAUACCAUGUUUAAUCUUUCUUUUUUAUGGGAUACAAUACAAUGAUUAAUUUUAGUGACAUAGAAAUAGUAUAAACGUAUAUGUAAAUGUUUAGAUUGCUGUGCAGUAGAUGGAAAGCGACCACGGUUAAUGGUGGAAGAAAAAGUGAUCUAGCAGUACUUUUGGUUAACAUGUUUUUCCUUUGUUUCUGAAAUAUUGCAACAAAGGCAAUUUUUUUUAGGAUAAAUGAAUGUAAUUUUAUUAUAUCCAAAAUAGAACAAAGAAUAAGUUUAUACAGGCAUGAUUCUAAAUAUAAUGAAAACAAAAUAAAUCAAUUGAACAUGGACUCAUAAAGGUUCCAAUUACUGCAAAGAGAGUGAUUGAUUGAAUUAUUAUCAGCUAGAUAUUGUAUUCCAUGAAACGGAUCACA